CGACUACUGGUGUCCCUACGACUCCAGAGAUAUAUUUCCCGUCGGUUGGUGUCAACGCAGCGGUCAUUUCUUGCAGCCGCCCGGCCUUAAGGGCAAAGUGUUAAUGCAAUUGAUUCCUAUGAUUGUCUCCUCCGCAGCGCAAACACCGGCCAAAGCAAAGGGCAAACAGGCGAAUAGCACGUCCACCACCGCCGCCGCCACCGAACAAAAAGUGUCUGAAAACGGGUCCACAAAUGCACAUAAAACUAAUGCAAAUCAUCCCAACACGAGAACCUCUCUGUCGUCAUCGACGGCCACCACUCCGGCCAAGUCGUCGUCCGCAUCGGCGGCGAAGACCGGCGCCGAGUCUGCGUCCGCCACGCAGUCGUCGAAACCAUCGAAGUCGAGGCUAACGAACGGCGGAACCGACAACGGCCUCAAAGACGAACUUAUUAUCGAUACCACUGCUCACGAGUCGAGGAGUAGUAGUGGUUACGACCGGAAAGACGGCACCACUCCGUCGCCCAAACAGUUGACACCAAAUAAACAGACGCCGGCGUUGAGUCCGCGCCAGUGCUCUCCCGUUUGCGUAUACGUGAACCACACGUGCGAUUGCGGGCCAUACCUGGCGCGUGAAUCGGUGCGCCGAAUGCCUGUGACGUACGGCCCGGGCUCUCUCAACCGGACGCUAAAAGAGGCGGUGCAGGCCCUCCAGGACUCGGCGAACGUGCCUAAGACGGUGUUCAGUUGCCUGAAGGCGGGCAACGGCCGGAUG